AUGAGACUCACAUUCUAUUUUCCGGUUGGUGAGUGUGCUGUGACGCUGGAGGACGUGAUGAUAAUUCUUGGUCUUCUGACGAAUGGUCUGCCAGUUACAGGAUCGACACUCAAUAGUUAUGAGACGUUAGAGGCUGAAUGCUUGGAUCAGUUUGGUGUUGCACCUAGGAAGGCAGACUGUAGAGGAAGUUUCAUCAAGUUGACAUGGUUUCGAGGAUUGAAGGAUCAUUUAGUGUUGGCUGAUGAUAUUUACAUUCAGAGAUACGUGAAGUGCCAUAUAAUGUUAUUGUUUGGGACCGUUAUAUUUGGAGAUAAGUCUGGGGCAGCGCUGCACUGGAAGUUUCUACCAUUACUCCGUAAUUUUGCUGGGAUCAUACAGUUUAGUUGGAGAUUGGCAUACCUGGCACACCUGUAUAGAGCAUUGUGUAGGGCAACUCGUGUCGACUGUAAGGAGAUUGAUGGUCCACUGACACUUUUGCUUACCUGGGCUUGGAUCCAUCUACCAUUUUUUGCGCUGAUUCCUGGCAAUCCUCGACUCUUUCCGAUUGCAAACAGGUGGCAUAACUGGGAGCGUGCUGAUCGACCCUAUAGAUAUCGUAGUCUUGCUCACUUUAGGAGAGCAUUGAAUAAUCUGGAAGAAGGACAGUAUAAACAACGUUCAGUAUAA